AUGAAGGUCUUAUCCGGCAUGCACGAUGAAGAGUUUUGCCAUGCUGCCUGCAAGUUCUUCCGGCAAAAGGUGGACAUGUGUCUUCAGAGUGCACUGGCGGAGGUGCGGGGGGAUGGGAGGGAGACGAUCAUCAUCGUUGAGAACUCGCAGCCCUUCCAUAUCUCGCAAGCCAAGAACAUGGCGAUCAUGGGGUUCGAGCAGAAGGACGUGGAGGGCAGGAGCAUGAGGAUCUUUCAUGGCCCUGGGACAGACGUGCAGGCAAUCAGCCAUGCGUUCGUGAGGUCCCGCAGAGGGGAGAAGAGCUCGGUAUCCACGACGCUGUACACGAAGCUGGGCAUGGCGGUACACGGAAACAUGCAGAUCAUUCCCAUCGUGCCGGAAGGAGGGCAGGAGGAGAUCACGCACAACCUGAUCGCGCUCUCGCACAGUAAGACGCUACUCUCCGACGAGAUGCUGUCCAAGAACCCCGACGUGCCUGCAGUGGUGAUCAAGAAGCAGGAGGGACGGGUGGUGAUCGAUGAUUGCAACGAGGCGUUCAGGGAGGCGUUCGGAUGGACUGACUUCAGCCUGGAGGGCAGGACAGUCUCGCUGCUGACAGGGCCUGAGUCAAGGAAGAAGCUGCUCCUGUCUCUUGUGGACUGCGCCAUGACGGGCAUUGACGACGAUGGUUGUGUGAUGGCGCUGUACACGUCCGAUGGCAGAGCGCUGGUAUGCAGCCUUGAAGGGUUCGCAGUGAUCGACUCGAAGGAGCAUAGACUGCUCAAGAUUGAGAUCUCGGUGAUGGAGGGCCCGAUGCUGCUGUCUGCAGCACAUGCAGCUCUUGACCUGUGCGAGAGGCUGGAGGACGGGUCGAAGAUGAUCGUAAUGGACUACAUGGAGGAGGUGAAGCGAGGGAAGCAGCAGAAGAUCGAAGACGUGAGGAUACGAGGGGGGAAGCUGGAAGCAAGCAGGACUUGUACCAUAAGCCUCAUCCCAGUCUUGGAUGAACUCACCUUCAAACUUUGUUUCGUCACGCUGGAAAACAUAAAAGAAGUCGAGCUACUAAGAAGCUGCUCUGAGGAUUCGAAGGCUGUCGGCUGCUGCCAGGCAGACUGCGCUGAGGCAGAAAGAUCCGACCUGAGCUCAAGCAUGCAACUCAUGUUCUAUAACGCACCUGAGGUGUGGAAAACUCACUCGAGUCUGAUGCUGUGGGUGUUGAGAUCGGAGAAUCUGGUCCGCUCGUGGUUAUGGGAGACAGACAUACUGACAGUGGUCGUGAACCCACAGAGGUUGAUCGAGAAGUGGAGGAGCGAGACUGCCGGGCAGCUGCUCAGCUGUGACACAAGCUCGCGACACUUGUGGAUGCUCAAGAUGAUCUACGUCGCUGAGAAGGUGAAAGAGGAGGAGGAGAAGCGGUGA